AUGAAGAAAUACUUAGGCAUGUUUACUCUUCAAUAUCCCAUUAAUCAUUGUGAUGUUACAUUAUAAUUAAGUAAAAUUGAUGUAGAAUUUUUAAGAUUAAUAAUUAAAGAUUCAAAGUGAUCAUUUAUAAUUUGAAGAAAAUGAAUUUUAAAGUGGAAAGUAAUAAACCAAGCUUAAACCUACUGAUAUUAUCUCUGUAUUAUCAACAGAAGACGAUUAAUAUGUACAUAUAUCUAUUAUAUAAAGUGUAUACAAGUUUAUCAUUUAUAUUAAGAAAUUUGGUCAUUUUUGAUAAAUUAUAAUUAUGUCUCUUUAAGCAUUUCUGUUAUAGAAAUUACUUAAUUUAAUUAUGUGGUUUAAUUUAAAGUUUAUUUGCUUGAAAAAUCAUUUUAAGAAUAAGAAAAGAUUAUAAAUGAUAUUAACAAAGAUAAUUAAAAUCAAAAAGACUAAAAAAGAGAAAAACGUAGAUAAAAAUUGGUUCAUUAAUAUGCAAAAGAAUCUUUUUUAAUUUUAUUUGAAAUAUUAAAUCUCAAAUUUUCAAUUAGAGCUUCUCUAAGACCUAAAUAAGAAACAAAAUCUUUAGAUUAGUUUUUAGUUGAUAAAUUUCGUAAACUUGAAUAUUUUAAAAGGAACCAACUCUGUUAGAAACUUCUUAUUCCAUCAAACCUUAAAAAUGAUGAAUAGGUGAAUGUCACAUAAGAAAAAAUAAAUUAAAUUGAGUAAUAAAUUAAAAUAGAUGAAUUAGAAUAUUAAUCUAUAAAUAAAAUUGAAUAAGAAGAAAAUAAUUAAAAUUUGUUUAGUGUUAAUGAAUAAGAAUCAUAUCAAUUUACAAUUUGUUAAUAGCCUUAGGAUUUGAAAAACAAUUUAUUUAUUUAUUAAGCUUAAGCAACUAAUUGGAUGUUAUAUCGUGAAUAAAGAAUUACUGCUGAAGUAUUAAAUCUUCAGAAUUAACAAUAAAAUUUGAAUAAAAUGUGGAGUGAAAUAAAACUUAAUGUUAAUGAGUAUAUUUAUUUUAAUGAAUUAACUGGCUAAUUUUCAGAAAAUUCUGUUCCUUCCAAAGAUGUAAAGGGAGGUAUUUUAGCAGAUGCUAUGGGUUUAGGAAAAACUAUUUGUUCACUUGCAUUAAUACUAUUAUCAAGAGAAAUGAAAUAAUAAUAAUAAAAUGAUGAUACUGAAGAACCUUACAAAAAAAAAGUAAAAUUGGAUAAAAAGUAUGGUAAUACACUUUUAGUAGUUCAAAAAAGUGUAUUUGAACAUUGGAUAGAAGAGAUUGAAAAACACACUUAAUAAAAUAAAUUGGAAGUUUAUCAAUUUUAUAAACCAUAAUCCAGAUAAAAAGACAUUAAAUUAGAAGUUUAUGAUAUUGUAAUUACAACAUAUGGAGUUCUAAAAUAAGACUUUACUAAAAAUAGGUUUUUGUAUAGUUAUGAAUGGGAAAGAAUAAUAUUAGAUGAAGCUCAUAUAAUAAAAAGUAAAAGUACAACUUGUGCAAAAGCUGCAUCAUCUGUUGAAGCUUAAUGUAGAUGGUGUUUAACAGGAACUCCUAUUUAAAAUCAUUUAGAAGAUUUAUUUAGUCUAUUUCAUUUUCUGUAAGUUGAAACUUUCUAAGAUUAUUAUUGGUUUAAUCAUUAUAUAAAUAAGUAAUAGGAUAAUACAAUAAAAUUCAAUUUAUUACAUGAAAUACUAAAACCUAUUUUAUUAAGAAGAACAAAAUAAUAAGAUUCUAUAAUAUGUUAAUUAAAUUUACCUAUUAAAAAGCAUAUUAUAGUUAAGGUAAAUUUAUCCAAAGAAGAGCAAGAAUGUAUUUUUAUAUUAUUUAUAAUAGUUUAUAAUACAUUAUAUGUUAAUACUUGUAAGUAAUUGAAAGAGUAUUUUGGUAUAGGUAUGAAAUAAAAGAUAAUUAGAAGUAGAUAUAUGCAUAUUUUUUAAUUGCUUUCUUUAUUGAGAUUAUGUUGUGAUCAUGUAGGACUUGUAGUUAGUAAACUUAGAAAUAAAACUAUACAAUAAUUUACAGCAAAUAAAUAAAAAUCUGAAUUGUUAAUAAAAUAAUUUAUUCAAAAUGCUUAAUAAAAUUUAGAAUAGAGUUUAAAAGCAACUAUUUUAAAAUUAGAACAGAAAUAAGAGAAUCUUCGUUAAUAAAACUAAGAAGAUGAAAUUGAGGAAGAUGAUGAUUUUUCAAUUGAUGAAAUUUCAUAUUAAUCGACCGCUGAUGAAACAUAAAAUCAAUAGAAUUAAUAAGAAUAACCUAUGAAUUAAGAUGAAAUUGAAAGAGAAUUAAGAAAUCAUAUAUAAUAAUUAGAGAAAGUUAAUGAGGAUAAAUAGGAUGAUAAAUAAACUUAGAAAAAAUAUGAAAGUAUUUUUCAGAGAAUACAGAAUGAAGAUUGUGCUAUCUGUUAAGAGGCUUUUAAUAUAAAAAAUUAAAUAUAUUAUCUUGGUUGUACACAUCUCUAUUGUAGUGAUUGUUUUGAGAACUUAUAAAAACAAAAUUAAAGUGUAAUUUGUCCUUUAUGUAGAACAUAAAUAUAGAAAAAUGAUAAAAUUAAAAUUGUUUAUAAAUGGUCAGAAAAGUAAGAUUAGAAAUCAAAUUAAAAUGUUUAAAUACCUAACACUUAACCUUGGUAUAAAGAAAGUUCUAAAAUAAAUGAAAUUAUUAAAUAUAUAGAAUUUGUUAAGAAUAAAAAUGAAAAGGUAGUUAUUUUUACUUAAUGGUUAAGUAUUAUGAACUUUAUUGAAGGUAAAUUAAGAAUUAGAAAAAUUUAAUCUAGAAAUAUAUAAGGGAAAAUGGAUAUAAACUAAAGAAAAGCAGCUAUUAAAGACUUUUUUGAACAAAAUAUUACUGUUAUGCUUAUAUCACUAAAAGCAGGUGCUUAUGGUAUUAAUCUUUGCUGUGCAAAUCAUGUUUUAUUAGUUGAUCCAUGGUGGAAUCCAGCAGUAGAGUAAAUGUUUAAAUUAUUUUAGAGAUUAAGCAAUAGAAAGAGUUCAUAGAUUAGGAUAAGAUAAAAGUGUUUAAAUAAUGAGUUAUAUUUGUGAAAACACAAUAGAAGAUAGAGUAUUAUAAUUGCAUAAAAAGAAAAGAUAAUUAUUUAAGGAUGCUCUACAUUUAAAAUUACCUGAUCAUGAAUUCAAUUUUUAAGAUUAAAUUGAAUUUGUUAUGAAUUAAAAAUUAAAUUUUUGA